AUGAAAUUCCUCAGCGCCGUGACUGGUGUGCUAGCUCUUCUGCAAGGCGCUGAUGCAGCAACUUGGAAGGAUUACAAGCCGCAGAGUCGCACGCCGAGUUCAUGUCCUGAUUAUGUCGACUAUUCGCAGAAACCCCACAAGCCACUCUCAUCUGGCAAGUUGAAGCUGCCAUUCAUGAGGCCAAGUGAAGAAUGCAGAACUUUUAAGAGCCCAGCUGUUGAGAAAGUCAUUAGCGACAUCAAGAAGCGCGUCAAAAAUCCUGACCUGGCGCGUCUCUUUGAGAAUACCUUCCCUUCAACUCUCGACACGACGGUCAAGUACUUUGACGCCAAGAAGAAUUUGGCAUUCAUCGUCACGGGUAAAUCAAGCGCACAAUGGCUACGCGACACUGGCAACCAGUUUGCACAUUUAUACAAGCUUCUACCCCAAGACAAGAAUUUGAAGGCUCUUGUCAAGGCGAUCAUCAACACUGAGGCGAGGUAUAUUUCAGAAUACCCUUAUUGCGGUGCCUUCCAACCACCGCCUGAGAGUGGAUUAAGCCCUUCAGUCAACGACUACGCUACACUGGUUACCGUCAAUCCACCAGUUGACAAUCAAACAGUGUUUGAGUGCAAGUACGAACUUGAUUCGCUUGCGGGCUUCCUCAAGAUCGCACGAUCGUAUUAUGCCAAUACAAAAGACGCUUCCUUCAUCAACGACAACUUCAAAUCUGCCAUGAAGCAGAUCCUUCGAGUCAUCGAUGAGCAAUCUCAAAGCACUUGGGCCGAAGACUGGUCCUACAUCAGCUACUACAACUGGACCGGCCAGGCAGGUUCACUCUCGCCACCAGUACCCAACAGUGGAAACGGCGAACCCAAGCUCGCUAAUGGGCUCGUUGCAUGUAGUCACCGCCCAUCAGACGACUUGUCCGUCUUCAACUACAUCACCUCCGAUAACGCAAUGAUGUCAGUAGAGCUUGAUAACGUUGCCGAUGUAUUGGAUAAAGUUCGAGGUCAAAGCAGCCUUUCCAAGACGCUACGUGGUCAUGCCAAAACUAUUCGAGAUGCAGUUUGGAACCAUACUCUCACUACGAAUGGUAUUUUCGCUUAUGAGACCAAUGGAUAUGGCGGCCAGUACAUCAUGGAUGAUGCCAACGUCCCUAGCCUUGUAUCUCUCCCAUAUCUAGGCUUCCUCAAACGCGACGAUCCGACGUACAAGAAGACCAAGUCUGCUCUUUUCUCACGAGCGAACCCAUACUACGCCGCUGGAAAGACAUUCAGCGGAAUUGGUGGACCGCAUGCAAACGCGACUAACCCAUGGCCUAUGGCACACGUCUCGGCUAUCUAUGGAACGGAUGAUGACGAUGAGAUCACCGAGCGACUCAAUAUGAUCAUGGAGAAUACUGCUGGUUUAGGGUUGAUCCAUGAGAGUGUUAACAUUUAUAACUCCUCUGUUUUUACACGACCGUGGUUUGCUUGGGCCAAUAGCUACUUUGCUGAGAUGGUUCUGGAUUUGGCGGAGAGAAAGCCCGGGCUGAUAUUCAAGGACGACAAGCCAUAUCAAUUGUAA